ACGACAAGCAAGGAGGAAUCAUAGACUUCCCGGAUAAAUAAACAGAAAGGGUAACACCCGCAGGUAAAGUAUGGCUCGUACUAAGCAGACCGCUCGUAAAUCCACCGGAGGAAAGGCGCCGAGGAAGCAGCUGGCCACCAAAGCUGCCAGGAAAAGCGCGCCAUCCACCGGUGGAGUGAAGAAGCCUCACAGAUACAGGCCUGGUACUGUUGCUUUGCGUGAGAUCCGUAGGUACCAGAAGUCCACCGAGCUGCUCAUCAGGAAGCUGCCUUUCCAGCGUCUUGUCAGGGAAAUUGCCCAGGAUUUCAAGACAGAUCUGCGUUUCCAGAGUGCAGCUAUUGGUGCUCUGCAGGAAGCCAGUGAGGCAUACUUGGUCGGACUGUUUGAGGACACCAACCUGUGCGCUAUUCACGCAAAGAGGGUUACCAUCAUGCCCAAGGACAUUCAGCUGGCCAGGCGAAUUAGAGGAGAGCGUGCAUAGAUGAUCAGAUUUUGUCUUUUUAGAGGGGGGUGGGUGGGGCUGACUGGGGUUUGUUUUGUAAAUCUUGAAUUAUUACCAGCAUGUGUGCCACCUAAUUUGUCAUGUGUAGUUUCAGGCAUGUUUUGUUUUUGUACUUAAUGUGUCAUUUCACUCUUGACUUUCUCAACUGUCCCAUUCACUGUAGAGUAGAGCUGUACAUCCUGAAAAACAAAAUAUUCCACUGCCUUUCUCAGGUUUGCAAUGUAUUUUAGAUUCUCUACCUUUUUUUAUCCUAUGUGUGCAUGUCAUAGGAUUUCUUGUGCUGUAAAUAAACUUUCCGCUAC